AUGCCCGGCGUCACAACCCUCGAAUACAAGGGCCGGGUGGCCGUCAUCACCAUAUGCAACGAGCGCAAGCUCAAUGCCCUCGACCAACAUGGCUACUAUGAGCUGUCGGAAAGGUUGCGGGAGGUGGCUACCCACGACGAGGUCUACGUGACCUUGCUGACGGCCAAGGGCCGUUAUUUCUCGGCCGGCGCCGAUGUAUCCACCAUCCGCGACCCUCCCACCACCGGCCAGGACGACAAUGGCAUCGCCGACGGCGGCCGCCGCCAGUGGCUGCAGACGUUUGUCGCCUACAACCUCAACAUCACGCAGGCCUUCUACUCGCACCCCAAGAUCCUGGUCGUGGGGCUCAACGGGCCCGUGGUCGGGCUGUCGGCCGCGCUCGUGUCCUUUGCCGACUUCAUCUACGCCACGCCCUCGACCUUUCUGCUCACGCCCUUCUCGUCCCUGGGCCUGGUCGCCGAGGGCGGCGCGUCGCGCGCCCUGGUCCAGCGCCUUGGCGUCAGCAAGGCCAACGAGGCCCUGCUCAUGAGCCGCCGCGUCCCCGCCCAGGAGCUGCUGCGCACCGGCUUCGUCAACAAGGUCUUCACCGAGCUCCAGGGCGCCGCCGACGACCACAUUCGCUUCAGGGAGCUCGUCCUGGCCGAGAUUGACGACAAACUGGGCGACCACCUCGUCGGCGACAGCCUGCUCGGCAUCAAGGAGCUGAUCCGCCGGCCCGAGAUCGACGUCCUCGAGGCCCAGAACGCGAGGGAGGUCUUUGCCGGGCUGGGGAGGUUCAUGAGCGGCGUGCCGCAGCGCGAGUUUUUGAAGCUUGCCUCGGGUGAGAAGCGACACAAGCUCUGA